CAAGAGAACCAGUGGUCUGGCCAUGAAUUUGGGAGAUGGUUUAAAGUUGGAAACUGAACUGCUGGAUGGAAAAACCAAGAUAAUAUUAUCUCCAUAUGACCAUAAAUCAAAAUUUUCUAUGAAGGUCUUAUAUGAACAGGUUGCCUUAAAGAAGAAAGAAAAAGAAGCUUGUGAAAAAUGGAAUAAUCCUUGGAAAAAAUCUGAGAAUGAUAAAAUAAUGUUGGAAAAACUUCAAAUUCUUAACCAGUCUAGGGAAACUGUGCUGCUGGAACAUCCUUUCAGUGCUGUGAGACAAGAACAGCAGAGAAUAUGGACUGAAGAUUUAAAUAAAAAAACACAAGAUGACUGGCAAAAGAAAACAGAGGAAAAUUCAAAGAGUCAGGAACAUGACAGAUGGGCAAUGAAUUUUGAUUCAUUAAAGAAUCAUCCUGGUUCUCAGUCUCGGCUGUCCUCUCAGUUCACACCAAAACACCCGGAGUACUUCUGUGUCUCCCCUGACACUCAGGAUCUGGCUGAUAUCAGCAGUGAAUAUACUCUUACUCCUGGAAGUCAGAUUGAACCUUCAGAGGAAGAGCAUAGAGUAAAACCUGUUAGUGAUGUGGCUGUGGCAAACAGUCAGAAAACAAACUUUCUCCGUUCUAUGACUGCUCUCUUGGACCCAGCACAGAUUGAGGAACGGAACAGGCGGCGACAAAAACAGCUAGAACAUCAGAAAGCAAUCACUAUGCAGGUAGAAGAAAAGUGCAGAAAAAAACAACUAGAAGAAGAACAAAGAAGGAAGGAAGAACAAGAAGAAGAGCAACACUUAUCACGGGAACGAGAAAAGAUGCAGAAAUAGUAUGAAGAGGAUAUACUUAAGCAAAAAGAAAAGGAAGAAAUCAUGACUCUCAAGACAAAUGAGCUAUACCAAAAAAUGCAGAGAGCACAGGAGUUAGCACAGAGACUGAAACAAGAACAGCGAAUCCGAGAAUUGGCUCAAAAAGGACAUGAUACUUCUAGAUUGAUGAAAAAUCUUGAUGAUGCAAUGCAAGUGGAUGAUAAGGUGUCCCCUAAGAUUUCAAGUUCAAGACAUGACUCUGAUGAAGCUGGCAGCAAAAUAAAUACAUGUAUCAGUUCUACUACUUCUCCCAAGAAAGAUACUGGUGUGCAAACAGAUGAUUUAAUUACAAGAAAUUUCACUAACACAUUAUCACACUGUGGAUCAGUGAUUGAAAGGGAAAAUACACAUUGUUCUUCUCCCCAGAGUUCUGUAGAAUUUGAUGGACAGCUUAACACUAUGAAAGACAAGCAAGAACUAAAUCAGGAUAGAGUAGGCAACUUAGCAAAAGAAAAUAGCUGGUGUAAUGAGCAAUGUAAUCAGUCUAUAACAGAGAAACAAACAAAACUCAUGAAGAAAUGUCCCACAAGACCUACUUGGAAUAUAAAUAAACCUCUCAAAAGGUAUGUUCCAGCAUCAGAAAAGUACCCUAAGCAGCUUCAAAAGCAGAGAGAAGAAAAAAAAGUAAGAAGACAGAUGGAACUGCUUCAAUUGGUAGAGAAAAAUAAUUCUGAACACCUUUCUCAAAAUAAAGGCACUUCACCAGAAGAUUUUCAUUCAUCCUAUCCAGAAACAGAGUCAAAAACCAGGUGGCAUCUAAUGAACAAGGAAGAAGAACCUAGGAAAAUUAAUUCAAUCAGUGAAGAAAGGUUACAGUCAUCACUAGUUCCAGAUAAAAACGGAACCCAACAAACUCAGAUGGAUAGCUUACACUCACCACUAAAAAAUAGCCACAAAAGAGAAGUGUCAGAAGAUGGUGAAACACCUGGAGUGUUUGAACCAUCCCAUUUUAUUCCUUAUGUUCGAACAAAUGAGAUAUAUUACCUGGAUCCAGAUGCACCCUUGUCUAGGCCUUCGACUGAUCAUGAUUGCAACCAAGAGCAACGCCUUGCUCUUGGUUCUGUCAGGGAUCCACUUCUUAAUCCUAACUUGGUAAAGAACAGGGAUCGACAACAAGCAAUUCUUAAAGGACUUUCAGAACUACGACAGGGACUUCUUCAAAAGCAAAAGGAGUUGGAAACUAAUUUCAUGUCUUUAGCUACAAAUCAAGAAGAGAGUUUUAGUUCUUCAUUUUAAAUGUUGGAAGUCAUUUUUGUCUUCUCAAUAGUGCUCAUUACUCAAUUAUUUUUUAAUGGCCUAAUUGGAUUUCUUUUUUUAAAACUCAUGUAAAACAUGCACAUUAUGUAGUAAAAUGCUGUGAUUUUUAAAAAAAGUUAAUAAAAGACUUUUUGUAAAUAAAAUAAAAUUUGUAAACCACCUAGUAAAUUUUUUUUCUGUUGCUUCAGUCUGGUCAUUUAAAAAUCCUAUAGAUACUUUCUACUUACCAUAAAGUCUGGAAUUGCUGUUUAAGCUGUUGUCUUUCACGAACUCUUGAGGUGUAAUAGGAUUACUAAAAAAUUAGCCAAGAGCUGGUGGCUCAUGCCUUAGAGACAGCUAAGAUGUAAGGAUUUUAGUUCAGAGACAACCUUGAGUGAAAAAGCCAAGUGAGAGAAC